AUGUGCCUUGUCAAAGUCCGGCAGGAGGAGGACGUCGUCGUCCCCUACCGUACGGUUGUUCGCACACGCUCGAGGUCCCCACAUCACCGUACGUCACGCCGUGUCUCGCGAGUAUCCGUGGUCCGCGAAUCCCGCCCAGCGUCCUCGUCGUAUGUGAAUGUCGUCCGUCCGCCGUCGAGCAGCUACGUCGCCGUCCCAACCCCCAAGCCUCUCGCAAUUCCAGCUCCACAGCCCGUGCCGGUAUUCGUCCAGCCAUCGCCGCCUCCUACCCCUCCUCCGCCUCCGAGCCAUCAUCACCAUCAUCAUACUACGGCGCACUAUGUCCACGUCAGUCCUCGCAGCAGCAUAAGCAGCAGCCCGAGCCGCAGCGACUACGUCAUGCACGAGCGCGAGUACAGAAGGGAGAGGGAGAGGAGAGACUACUCGCCCGACUCGCCGCGCCAUGAGCAUUACAGAUAUGUGCGUGCGCCGCCCUCCGAGAGCGACCACUACGAGCGCUUCACCCUACGGGAGCGCAGCCGCAGUCGUGGGAGGAGCCAGAGUCGCGACUAUGCCUAUGAUCCGCGAGACAGCUACCGCGAGACGAGGGAGAGGGUUGUGAUUGUGGACGGGGACGGUCGCCGCAGGAGGGAAUAUCGGGACUAG